CUGGCGCUGCAGCCAGAGAUGCUGUCGGGCGGCGACGGCGCUCGGCAGCUGGGGACUCUGCGUUGAAGGCUCUGGGGUAAACCAGUUGGGUAAAGUGAAUGCUGAGGACAGAAGAGUUGGAUAACACGGACCACUGGACUUCUCUGGAGUACACGUUAUGAACCCUUUCUGGAGCAUGUCUACAAGCUCCAUACGCAAACGAUCUGAUGGUGAAGAGAAGACAUUAACAGGGGAUGUGAAAACCAGUCCUCCACGAACUGCACCAAAAAAACAGCUACCUUCUAUUCCCAAAAAUGCUUUGCCCAUCACUAAGCCUACGUCGCCUGCCCCAGCAGCACAGUCGGCAAAUGGCACACAUGCUUCUUACGGACCCUUCUACCUGGAAUACUCUCUUCUUGCAGAAUUUACCUUGGUUGUGAAGCAGAAGUUGCCAGGCGUCUAUGUGCAGCCAUCUUACCGCUCUGCGUUAAUGUGGUUUGGAGUAAUAUUCAUACGGCAUGGGCUUUAUCAGGAUGGUGUGUUCAAGUUCACAGUUUACAUCCCUGAUAACUAUCCAGAUGGUGACUGUCCACGCUUGGUGUUUGAUAUUCCUGUCUUUCACCCGCUAGUUGAUCCCACCUCGGGUGAACUGGAUGUGAAGAGAGCAUUUGCAAAAUGGAGGCGAAACCAUAAUCAUAUUUGGCAAGUAUUAAUGUAUGCAAGGAGAGUUUUCUACAAGAUUGAUACAGCAAGCCCCCUAAACCCAGAGGCUGCAGUCUUGUAUGAAAAGGACAUUCAGCUUUUUAAAAGUAAAGUGGUUGACAGUGUUAAGGUAUGCACUGCUCGUUUGUUUGACCAACCUAAAAUAGAAGACCCCUAUGCAAUUAGCUUUUCUCCAUGGAAUCCUUCUGUACAUGAUGAAGCCAGAGAGAAGAUGCUAACGCAGAAAAAGCCUGAAGAACAGCACAAUAAAAGUGUUCAUGUUGCUGGCCUGUCAUGGGUAAAGCCUGGCUCAGUACAACCCUUCAGUAAAGAAGAGAAAACAGUAGCAACUUAAGAGAUGGUGAAUCUGGUGCACUGUGCACUUUCCUGCUGGACUCUGGCCUAGUUAAAGCAGACUAAUGGCAAAGGACUGCCUGAAGAGUAAACCGUGUGAACCAUAACUGGGUAUCAGUGUUUUCUAUGUAUGUGUAGGUUCUAACAGCAGGUUUGGAAACCUCUCUUUAAGUAAUGCAUUACUUCUGUCAGAAGUGUCUUAGGGUGGUUAUCUAGUUCAGUACUCCAAAUUAUUGGGGACCUUGAGACUUAUGUAUUUUUCUGAAUAUAAUGCUAAAGGUAAGUUGCAUUCAUUUAAACUGAGCAGACAGAAAUCAGAACGAUUUAAUAGUUUUAAAUCAGUGGUUUCAUUUGUACAUGUGUUAGCAUAUGGAGAGGACAGGUUUAGAGAGCAGAUUCUAGAGCUUGGCACUUUUAAGUGGAAGAUUGUUUCAGUCUUCAGCCUGCUGUCUCUGAGGAAUGUUUUAGAGAGGAAACCAGAACACUUGAUCUUAGUUUUUUUUUUUUAAACAAAUUACUUAACUGUAUUUUUAUGGCAGGAGGGAGAAAAAGUGUUAAAACGGUUUCUAAUGAAGUCAGAUAUUUAAAUGAUGAUUGACUAAUGUGUUUAGUAGAUAUGAAAAUAAACCAAUAAAUGAUUGUUCUUUGUCAUUUA